GAAGCUAGGUCGGCUGCUGGCAGGAGAUGUGAGCGGCAGCGAGCGAAACAAUCGGCAAAAUGAACGUUUUGCACGAGUUGAUCAUGUUGAAGGAGUAGGCUGCGGUUAAUGGACUUGACCUCAUCAAUGGAUAUUUCCACAGAGUUUUCCAUCGCUCAUCGGGACAUUAGUGGCGAGCUCGCUUUUGCAGAGGAAAUACGCCUUCCGCCGUCUGGGAGAGCGACCAAUCAGCCGUGGAGAACCAAAGAUAAACAGGCCUUAUGAUAAAACUCUCAGGUUUACCAAAGCUGUGUGCAGCUGUAGAGCCCCAGUGAACCACCAUGCUGGCCUGCAUCCAAAGACGACAGAACCUCUCGUCCCAACAUCUGGUCUGCACCCCCAAAAUCCUGGAUGUUCCACCACCUCCAUUACUGCUACCGGUACCACCAUCACAACCCUGCACUCACAAAGGUGAGCCUGCUUCCAUCACUUCUCGGUACCCCUCUCCGGCAGAGUUGGAUGCAUUCGCCCAGAAGACAGCCAGCAGCCCCUUAUCCAUCAAAAUCUUUCCAUCGAACAUCCGGGUGCCACAGCACAAACAACUUAACAAAACAGUCAAUGGUUUAGACACCACAGGCCAGCGUUACAGUCCUUAUUCCAACCCUUACUCAGGAGGCUACCAAGGUUUGUUGGCCAUUGUCAAGGCCUCUGUGGUGGUCAAAGGUGUGGUGAAAAACUCUGAGGGCAAGAGGACUAGACAUGCUUACACUCAGACUGCAGUGGCACCAUAUAAUAAUUCUAUUAAUAAUGGCUACACAGCUACCAGACAAGGGCAUAAGGCCUAUCAUAUAAGUUCAUGUAAGCCUCCUGAUGUGCCCAUUGAGACGAUUUGUUCUAGCGCUGUAAUGUCCUCUGGAGAUCACAGCCUGCCCCCCCAGUCUGAGUUGGCAGAGGUUCAAAGCCUGAUGAGGCAGAUGAACAGAGUUCCCCACCGCCAGGCCCUGCAGCUGGGGGGAGAGGCACAAGCCAGCCCGUCUCUCCAGGCUGUGGCUGCUGUGGCCCACUCCGAUUCUGACUUUGUCCUUGGAGUGUCGUCCCAGAGCAGCCUGGCGUUCUCAGGGGCAGUGCUACCUACCCAGAGUGCAGACAAAGCCAAAGCUGGGUACCUAGAUGAAAGAGACUACACCAUGUGGCAACACAAACAACAGCAGCAUCAAAUUCAGUCACAGCAACGGCAGCAGCACCAUUAUGAACGUGGGACACUGAGGAUGUACGGUGUCUGUGCUCAGGGGCACAGAGCAACAGAGUCGCCCGAAACAUGCCUCCCUUUGGCUUGUUCCACACAACUGUCAUACAGGCCACAUCCCACCAGUGUAGGCACUAAUGGGGCUGUGCAGGAGCGGGUCAGUGCCUCCCCUCUGAGCUGCGCUGCCAUACAUGGGGGAUUCUCUGUUGGACAGUACUUUGCUCCCCACUGGGACACUGCCCUGACCACCCCUGACAGUGACGGCUAUACUUCUCAGGAGCUGCCAAAUGGUCCUUCUAUGGGCAGGCCUAGAGACAUGGGGCUUUCCCGUCCUCAUCCCCAUCCCCACCCAAACCACCAUCCUCACCACCACCCACAGCAUCAUCAGCCCCAGCUCCACCCUCUUCCUCAUGCCCAGGCCCACAGCACAAACCAAAACCUCUGUUGUGGGCUGCCCAGCUCAAGCCUGUGCCAUGCCUCAGUACUUAGCAGCAGCCUGCAGUCUCUGGAGUGCCUGAUCAGUGAGAUCCACCCUCCCUGCAUCAAAGAGCGUAUGCUGGGCCGUGGGUACGAAGCCAUGGGGAUGCCUCAGCUUCUGGAGCACCACCAGCAAAACCAUAUCCAGCUCCCUGUCUACAGAUAGGACAGGGUGCUGCCACACAAAAAGGCGCAGAAAAGAGAAAGCUUUGAUAGAGUAUGAAAGUGUGUCGGUUUAGAUAUACCAUCUGAGAAUGAGACAUGCCUUUUAGUUGGUGCAUGUGUUUGUAGACGGCUAUAUGUAAUACGCCCGAAGAGGUAAAUGAUAAUCAUGACUGAAGAUACAGGUUUGUUUUUGACUUUUAAUUUGUAUAUUUUGGAUGGCCAUCAAAUAUGCCUGCUGUUCCUCACAUAAUAUUACUGCUGAGCACCAAUUCAGAAUGAGCCACGCAUUACGUUUAACAUCACCUCAAAAAGGCUGUAAGUGAUCUUCAGGCAGUCCCUGUUAAGUCUGCAAAAGGGCGGAAAAUUUCAAGUAAAUUUAUGGGAACUUUCCAGAAAAUUUCCAUGGGAAGUUAAGCUGGGGAAUUUUGGAAAUUGUGUUUUGUCAUAAGCAGACAUAUGUGCAAACUAAUACUGGAUGUCGUCCGUGGGCUCAAAUGUAGGCCUAGUCAUGUGGCCUCGGUAGUCCUGCUGCAGUGUGCAGGAAUCUAGAAAUGAUCUGUGCAUGGGAUGGAGGAAUGCACAGUGUGGAGCAGAAAUUCAACUGAAUUUGCCUUAAAUCUGGUUGUAUUAAUCAAGAUUAUGCUGCAAGAAGUUUCUCAAGUACAUUUAAGUUCCCUGUUGUAGGCUAACCUGCAAUUUUGCAAAUUUCCAGUUUAUUCCUGUAAAUUCCCAUACAUUCACGGUAAUUCCCCAUGGAAAGUUUCUGACUUUGAAAAUUCCUGGAAUUUUGCAACCCUAGUCCCUGUGCCACCCCUACAUUAUUAGUCAGAAAUGAAGGCUUCUGUAUGUAAAUGCCUGGUUUUACUUUCUUUAACUCAGUAAUCAUUGAUACCAUUCUAUAAACCUGAAACAUCAGCCAAGGGGGUAUUCCACAAAGCAGGAUUAGCAAAUUAACCACAUAACUUUAAAAAGCGUUUGAAAAUAUCUUCUGAAAUUUUACUUACUAUUGGCAAUAAUCAAUAUGGAUGGCAUUUUUCUAAACUUAAUGGCUGAGUUUGUUUUACAGACUCAAAGGACAGGAUAUGACCUAAUCUUUUCCCCAGUUAUCUGGCAAACUUUGUAAUCCCUCUGGAUAGAAUAACCCCCUGGAUAUGAGAAGGUUUUCUGGUAAUAGCCUUUGUGAAUAUAUUGUAUAUUUUUGCAAUUUUGAAAACAGAUCUCUGGCAUCUUUUUUUGGUGGUGACAUUCCUUUAUUACUAAUUUGGCUUUUAGUUGUCUGCUGCUUUGUUGAUGAUUUUGUUUGGUCGACUUUAAGUGAUUACUGUGUUAACAGCCAUUCCACAGGCCACCCACUGCAACAUGUGGCAAAACUACUGGCAAUUGUAUGGCUUUACAUUUUUAAUAUUUGUAUUAAAUGUGACUGCGAUGGGUUAUUAAGUCUUCAGACAUACACCACCUUUAAGUAAGUUAACAUCAUAAUUAAUAUAAUGGAGUGGUGCUCAGCUCAGCAUUAUAAACACUGAUGCAUACCCAGAUCAUCACUGGCAUUGUAAGGAGAAAACUUUGUGAUAUUAAAUUUACAAGAAAAAACUGAGAUGUUCACUGAGAUUAAAGUGGUGAAUUUACAUGAAAACCUCAAAAAAUUAUGAGAAAAAACUGAGAUUACAAAGUCACAAAUUUACAAGAAAAAAAAUGCAUAAAGUGGUUUUCUUCUACUGUGGGAUUUAGUAAGAGGGAAAUGCUGGUGGUUUGAGCCCAGAAUCACGAUUCAGAAGAAAACAAUAUUGUGAUUGUGGCCUAAAAUCAGCAUGAUUUCCUUGUUCCUAAAUCCCAUUGCAAAGUAGAAUUUGAUGAGGUCAUCAGCUGCAGGCCUGAUACACGGCGAGCAGCAGCAUCUGCAGAGUGUGGCUGAUCCAACCUUGCAAAGUGAAGGCAUGUGCUUCUUUCUUCAAAAAAUAAAAGAGAAACUGUUUUUCAUUUCUCUCAUAAAUUUGUGACUUUAUGAUCUCAGAAUUUUCUAGUUUAUUUAUCAUAAAUUAAAGACUUUAACAACCCCCCGCCCCCAUGAUUUUUUUCCCCCUACAAUGGGCCUAACAGACCAUUGUAGAAAGUAUGGUUAUUCAGUAGUUGUUUUUUUAAUCUUUGUUUUUCUGUUGUUGUUGUUUUUUAAAUCAAGCAUAUUUGACUGGAAGGUUGGGACAUUCUUUCACAACACCACGGUAUCUUAGAGUGUCACAGAGGAGAGCAGGCCACCCCAGUCACUGACAGUAUGUUUCUGUAGGGCUAUAUACCUGAUGGUCUGACAUGUAUGACUGAGUAGUUAUUUGUGUUUCUACACUGGUUCUGUAAUACUAUUUAUUUAUGUCAGCCUGUUCAGUUAAAUGCAAAACUGUCUCCAUGAUUAAGUGCAAUUAUGAUAUAUGAACAAUGUGAGCCCUCUACAUAGAGUAUGUUGUUGAAAUAACUACAUUUGCAAUGUAUGACCCUAAUCCCUUACCCAGUUUGCCUAUUCUUAGGAUUGUCAAGUAAAUCAAUU